AUAACAUGGAAACCAGUUAAUCCGAAACACCGGAAGUAACAUCGCUAAAGCUAACCUGGCUAACGAUGUCUGGGAGAGAAGAAUCAACGUGGAGGCCGCCGAGGGUCUGUGACGACUACUGGAGUGAGUUCAGGCACUGCAAAAGUUUAAAGAACCGUUUUCACCAUUACUAUGCACAUGGUACCUCCCCAUCCUGCCUGCAGUGGGAGGAGGACUACAAGAGCUGCAGAGAGUGGGAAAAAUACAAAAGCUCAGAGGCAAAGGAGGCGUUGCAAAGAAGUGAGAGAAAUCGUGUGGCAGAGCAAAAAAAUUUUAUCCCUGUGUGGGAGCUCAGGAAAGAGCCCCCAACAGACUGGCACAUGCCUCUGAACCAGGAAAGGCCUCAGGAUUCCUAAACUACUCGUGUUACUCUGCUGUCACCGCUUCAUGACAUAUUCCAAUCACUCAUGUUUAAUUUCAUGUGCAUCACAGCCUUUGGAACCAACUGUUGGACAAAUAGGCCUUUACUCACUUGCUAUUACAGAGGAUUUCUGAGAGAAAUGUGUAAAUUCUCGUUCUCAACCCAUGAGUUCAAUCCAGUAUGUGCACAUACAGUCCUUUUGGAUUUAACUGAUCCAGUUGAGAGGCUCACUACACAAAGCUCCACUGGAGCAGCUUGCGUUCACGGAUAAUGAACUGUUAAUUUCUUACUAUUUUCUGGUCUUCACCUGCAGUAAAUGUGCUGUUUUUCAUGCUACAUUUGCUCUACUUAAUUAUAUUGUGCCGUGAAGUUUUAUUUAUUAAAAGAUACAACAGGACUUUAUCAAGUUUCACUCCAUCAAUGACUGUUUUUCUGCCUUUCUUAUAAUUUGUAUAACACAAAUGAACCCAGUCAAUUAAAAAAAAAAAGUUUAUUUUUAAGUUGUUUGAUGAUUAUUUCUUUGUACAAAAAUUUGAAAAUCAAUGCAUGAUCUCCAUGGAUAUUGUGACAGGAACUGAAGUAUCUGUAUGCCUCAUACACAUGUAUACUGUAAGGAUGCUUCUGAUCUGAAUGUGGAAACAAGGAGACACUGGAACAAUGCCAUGUGGUCCCUGUCCAU